AUGUUUCCAGACUUCGCAGGCCAUGGUUGGAUUGCGUGGAUGCGGGACUCGAAGAUCACCUUCAAGUGCAACUGGUCUGGUAGCAAGUUUGUUGCACGGCUAAUGGGUGUUAAAACCGUGUUGGAACUAGUCGAUAGCCGCCACCUUGUAUUUGAACCGAAGGUGGUGCGCGGUCCUUCGGAGUAUCAAAGCGCGCGGUUGCAUCGUGGGUUGGGUUCGCAUUGA